GCUCGCGGGCGGAAAACAACAACCGCCUUCGUCAUCCAUCCAACUAUUUACAUCCGACAACCCCUUUGAAUCGCCGCUGUCUUCUUAGUAUACAUUCUUUGUUCCGACUCUUCGCCACACACACACAAGACUCUCACCAGACGUUAUGCAUGUGGUCGACAUGGAUUCGGCAAUGUCGCCUAACUGCCCGUGCCAGGAUGGCCCACUUGCAAAAGCAAACAGUGCCGUCCAUGUGACACCUCACCAGCUCUGCGAUCGGUGCUCAACAGUCGUGCAAAAAUCUGCAGUUCUCCAAGAAUGCUUCCGUCGACUGGAUGAAGGCGAUCAGCGCAGACAAGACUGGCGCCGAUGCGAGAUCUUUUACCACAGCCAAGGCGUGGAGGAGCUAGCCAAGUCGAGCCAGGCGGGCUGUCAUAUGUGUACCAUAGUACAUGGAUCUAUGGCAAAGUCGGCGGCUCAAAUACGCGAGCAUGGGCCUGUACUGGUGAAAGUAGGCAUCGAGCCGUUGCAGGACGAGAUCAUUGAUAAUGAUAGCUUGUCUAUGCGCUUCGGCAUUCUCACAGUUGAGAAAUGGAAAUACUAUCGUGUUCAAGCCGGCUGGAAGGAGGAAGAUGGGACAGCUCUCAUAUACACUGGAGGGCCCUUGGAGGCGGACCACCUGUUUCGCUACGGUUGCACUCGCCAACUGACUGUCAACCUUUCCAUUCUUUUGCUCAACGACACACAUUUUCUUCUUCCCAAGGAGGCAAGGGGAUAUCACUUGUCUCGCGGGCCAUCAACAGACGCCCCCGAGACCUUUGAAUUUGCACGAUCCUGGCUGCGGGAAUGCAUCACAAACCAUGAUGAAUGCAAUGAUCAUGGACCCGAGAUUUCGAGAUCUGAUGACCUUCCGACCCGGCUGAUAGACAUCGGGGAAGGUCCCGGGCAGCUGGAACCUCGCCUUUUCUACCCCUCGGCUUCCGCAUCUUCACCCGACCUGCAAUACAUGACAGUCAGCCACUCAUGGCACGCAACUGGAGUGACCGAGAAGCUCACAACCGAAAAUGAGAGCCAAUGGCUGCAAGGCAUCCCGAUAGAGAAGCUCUCCCCGAAUUUCCGCGAUGCGAUGACGAUAACACGGCGACUCGGUUGUCGCUAUCUGUGGAUUGACUCGUUGUGCAUCAUCCAAGACUCUCGAGAGGACUGGGAGAGAGAAGUACUCACCAUGACCAACGUAUACGGGCACUCGACAUGCAACAUUGCGAUGGUUGGCCAAGCCGGGGACGAGGGUUGUUUCCGGAAAAGAAAUCCAUUGGUAGCCUUUCCUUGCCGACUGCACGAGGCAGAUGGUAAAGAAAGCCGCCUCUAUGCUUUCAUCGAAGGAUCAAACCGAAAGUUCAGUCGAGGCCCUGAAGAGAUAGUGGGAUCCUUUCCUCUUCUCAAAAGAGGUUGGGUAGUCCAAGAGGCUCUGUUGUCGCCCCGGACAAUCUUUUUCGGCGACCACGAGGUGUACUUCCAUUGUACAAAACAAACAAUGUCCGAAUCCUGGCCUGUGGCGCUUGACCCGCAUAUACGCCAUUUUAAUCCCAGAUUUUUGGGAUUCAGCAAAGUCAGAGGGUUCCGGGAAUUCGGCCAAAUCUUCGAACAGAGUUGGAAGGAAAAGUUCAAGGGAACUCAAUUCGACAUCAAGGAUGAGCGAAGGGCAGCCAUGGCGGCAAAGAGCUUCCUGAAACGCAGUCGACAGCUGCGUGCCAUCUGGAACCGGUUUUUGCUAUACUAUACCGACACCAAUUUGACAUACACCACUGACCGAUUGGCGGCGAUUAUUGGAAUUGCGGACGCCGUCGAAAACUAUACGGGGCUCACAUACAUCCCCCAAGCCGGCGCUUUCAAGGAAUUCUUGCCCCUUGAUCUUCUCUGGUACAGGAACUUCCGUUCCGUUGACCUUCUAUGGCGCAAGUCACCCACGGGAACGAAGGCCCCUUCGUGGUCUUGGGCUGCAAAUGAGGGCGAUGUGCUUUUCGACGAGAAAUCGUGGCUGGAGGGCUCACACGACGAUUUUGAGUACAUGGGUCUACUCCUUGACGUGUCAGUUCCGCCUGCAGCCUCGACUUUGUCACCAGGCAUGGGGUCGGAGGUGGUCAUCAAGCUGAAGACCCUUGUCAACCGCCAGACCGCGCUUGGGUUGGGAGUUCGAGAGCCCCCAGGUUUCUGGGUGGAGUAUCUCCCCAAAGCGCGUCUUCAGGUUGUGCUUGAUGAGCCCGUCGCAGAUGGAACUACCAUCUUUUUCAUCGUUGUGCUGCGGACACGCACGUGGAACAACUCUGGCUAUGACAAACAUGUGUCAGGGUUGAUUCUGGUGCCAAAGGAUCCGACAAGUGAGGAAGAUCCUCGGAAGGCGUUGCAUAGACGUGUAGGAUUCUUCCGUAUUGCUGAGCCGGCGAACGUGGGUGGUAUCCUCGAUUUCUUUGCGGGUUGUCCAAAGAGGGAAAUUUGCAUUUGUUGAAGCCACGAUACCACCAUAGAUCAUCAUUAACAUUGGAGGAGUUGUUCAUUUUGUCGGAUAGAUAACACCAGACUAGGAAAGCAUAGCAUUGAUGUUCCUUCUCCAUUUUCAAGGGAAACUCGGUCAUCUCCUCGGCAUA